GUCAAGAUAAUAAAAUGGGUUUGUUCCAAAGUUGCUUGAGAAAAAAUAAUAAAAUUGGCAUUCUAUAUGACGAGGAGGAAACCGCUUACAAAAAGAUCGAAAAGGUCAACGAAGAAAUGGCGCAUGAGAAGACUGAAAUUCAAACUCUCCCAGAGAUGAUGUUUUGUGUCACACCGAUGGAAGCCCAUGGGGACGUCACUCAUCCUCCAGAUGUCACUAAAAAGACUGUAAUGAUGAAUAUCAAUUACAAAUCAAGUGUGCCUAAGUUGCCUCCUAUUCCUGGACAAGUUAAGACGAUUCUAAUUCAGGAUCUAGAUGACGAAAACGAUUACCUUAAAUGGGAAGAAGAAACUAAGAGAGUUCUGACGGAGCAUGGUACUCUUAAGAAGAAAGAUAAGUUGUCAGAACAAAGAAGAAGACAGCUUCUCCGAAGAAAUUCAAAUUAAAAGAAACUUCAUGAAAUGUUGUGAACAGAAGAGACAGAUGCUAUCCGGCGGGACCUGCUGUUUUCUAAAAUAGAAUGAAUUUGAAGUUUGAACAUUCUUUAGUUGGCUUCAGUUGUGAAUGAUAUGUUGAAGGAGAGAUAUCAACAUGUAUAUAGACUGAUUCUUCGCAAUAUAAACUUCAUAUGGCGUAUUCUGGUUUU